UUUUCAUUCGUCGUUUUGUAUUUUAAACUGUCGUUCGAUUUUUGUGAGAAUUUUAAUAUAAAGAACUACGUAUAUAAAAUGGCAGAAAGUUGCACACCGAAAAAUCGUCCAAAAUUGUGCCUAACGCAGAAUUCGCUAAACGUUAACUCAAUAAAUGUGCGUUGCUUUUCGCCAAUUAUUGGCGAUUUCCGUUCACCGAAUUUGUCGCCAAUUACGAAUAUGCGAGCAAGCAAGAGUCCAAUUUCGCCCAUGCACUUCAAGAAGCCAUUUGAGAAGCCACAGCAGCAACAACAGCAGCAGCCGACGACUCAUCAACAACAAGCAUUGCCACCCAAAAUCAAAUUUUCUGUUCAUGAAAAAAAGAAGAAGCAACAUAAGGAAGAGGAGAACAACAAUAACAACAGUUUGGAUUGCUUCAUGGAUGAUACAAGCAACAGCAGCAUUGAAACAUCGUUGUGCAAGGAAACUCGGCGUCGCUCACUUCAAGCCGCCAAUCACAAUUAUGUGGUAAAUCAUGCCAACAAUGUGAAGGAAGUGCUGAUCCUCGUCGGUUUGGAGCAGUAUUUGGAUAAGUUCGAGAAAUCGCACAUCGAUAUGAUCGAUCUGGUGUCCAUGAAGCGUUCAGAUCUCAAGAAGAUAGGCUUGCGCAAAGAUAAGGACUGCGAUCGCAUAUUAGAUGCUCUGAAGGAGCUUUAAAUUUGUCAUCAAUAAAAUCGCUGGUUGAUUUUCUUGCUUAUAUUAAGUAAUUUAUUGUUUAAAUGUCAUUUUGUAUUAAUAAAUCGAAUUUGUGUACAACUAA